UUUGAUAAAUCAGUUCCAGCUUAUUAUGUUUUACUCAAUCCUGACAAAGUUGAGAUAUAUUACUGUCCAGCUGCAUGUAAUCUUUUGUCAAGUAUAUCUCAAAGCUUAGAAAUGUCCUCAAGCAAAUUUGAUCUUUACUUCAUGGAUGUAUAUUAUGACAGUGCAGAAAAACAGACCACAAUAUCUCUUCUGGACAGAAAUAGAAAUAGUCUAAUUGAAGCCAUCAAUCCAGAUGCAAUGCCAAUAGUAAUCAAUGCCAUUGGUGUUGCAAAUACGGGUUUGGAUGAAACGGCCUACUGGAGAAAUAUGAAGGAAGAUAAAAUAGAACAACUCUGUGUUAACACAGUAGGAAGUUACUUUUGUCAUGAUCUCCCUGAUGAAAAGAUUGCAAUUGGGUUUGGAGGAUAUACAACCAGUGCCACAAACUACCCAAGUCAGAUCUCAGUCUUUACAUCACAGAAAUAUACUUGUUCUCAUCAUUCCAUUGAUAGCAUUCAAGGAAGAUAUAGUCCAGGAAUAGCAGAAAUAGAUGGAUGGCUUUACAUUUGUGGUGGAAGUUAUGAUGGAGUUCCUUAUCCAUUGAUUGACUGUAAAAAGUUUGAUUUAAAUUCAAAUGAUGGAUCAUGGAUAGAAGCUCCAAACUUACCCCGGAGGCGAAGACAUUUUCAAAUGUUGGCCUGGAAAAGUUCCAUUUUUGUUAUUGGAGGAGAAGAUUUCAUGCCAAGUGUAAGUAUAAAUACAAUGCAUGAAUUAAACCACAAAUCAAAUGUGUGGACGAAGAAAGCAGAUUUGCCAUAUUCAAAUCAUCGUUUCUGUGCUGUUGCUGAUGAAGAAGAUGACAAGAUCUGGAUGAUUGGAGGUAGUGAAAUAGGGGUUGGAGCCAAAAUGGGAGUUUACUACUUUACAGUUUCCACUAAUGUUUGGACAUUUCAUAGUGAUCUUUUUAAAAGGCAAACUGUGAUGGACUCUGCUUGUGGAAUUGUUUACCGUAGAACAAAAGAAAAAAUGCUUCUGGUUGUGAGAGGUGGAUUAGCAGAUGCAGUAAUAUAUUUUGACCUAACAAACAACUUGGGAUGGAAUUUGGCAGCAACCUUGUUCGAUAAUUUAAAUCAAAGAUUUAUGAGAAUGAUAACUCUAACCCCUUUUAGUGCUUUUAUUGUCGGAGGAAAUUCUGGUAGAUAUGGAAACAGCCUUAAGAACAUAUUUGAGUUCAAUCAUGACACAACUAAUUUUGAAGACAAUUAUUAUUAUCUCCAGAAUGAAAUGCAUAACUCUGCCUGGACAACUGUUAAAUCAAAUAAUUACAAAGCUUUGCAGGACUGUACCUCCAUUAGAGAGUAUGCUGCAGUAUGCUGGGGUGGUAGAAAUGAAUCAACAGUAGCAUACACUGAAACUUGGUCGGUUAUUCUGCGAAGUAGAUCAAGACCUGGGGAACCUCAUUUGCCAGGAACUUGCCACCGUAAAUUAUCAAACCUUUCCCCUGGAAGAGUUUUACAUGGAGUCACUGCUGUUAAUUAUGAUCUUAUUGUUUGUGGUGGAAAUUUAAUUGAAGAGCCUCAUGCCGUCAGUAGCUGUUAUAUUCUUAAUACUGAUGAGAAUAAUCCUGGAUGGUAUACAAUGGCCAGCAUGCCUAUUGCAAGAAGAGAAUUUGGAUUUGUUACAUUUGGUGAUGCUGCAUUUGCAAUUGCAGGGUUCAAUACAAAGCAUAUUUCUCAAGUAGAUAGAUGGACCCAAUCAAAGGGAUGGAAAUCCAUGGCUUCUUACCCAAUUCAGGCAUCUAGAGUAUGUGCUGUUGCCGAUCAUGGAUAUGACCAAAUAUAUGGGAUGGGGGGAAGAACCGGCCCUUUUAAUCAAAACACAAAUGCUGUGUAUGCAUAUACAGUCUCUAAAGAUCAAUGGGCUUCAAUGCCAAGCCUUCUUGAUGCUAGAUCUGAUACAGGUUGCAGCAUCAUCAGACGAAGAACAACUGGAAAUAGAAUGAUAACAGUUGUCGGAGGCGGAUCCAAUUCAAUUCAAUACUUUGAUCUGACAGCUUAUGAAACAAAUAGGAAUGUAAAAUGGGUGAGAGGACCAACUGCUGCAUAUACGUCUUCUGCUACAAGAAUAGAAUCCCUAACACCUUAUGAAAGCUUGGAGUUGGGAGGAACUUCUUCAGUAUAUGGGCAGUCUAAUUUUAACCUGUUUGUGUGGAAUCCAAUCACUGAGCGCCAUGAAAGCACAACACCGUUCACCAAAACUUUAAAUCAACCUCAUAAUGAUGGUGACUGCACUGUUAUCCCGGCUGAUGCUAAGGUUCUCAGAGGAUGUACUCUUGGAUAUGUUAUGCUGUAGAUAAGGCAUAAUACAGCUCUUCUAUUCCAUUCUGUUCCUAAAGAACAGUGAGAACUUUUUUUGCAAUAUGAUUUACUAAUUAAUGAACUUUCAAUGUAUUUACACAUUAUAUAAUUGCAUGCCUGAUUUGCAACUAUUACCUUGACAU